AUGUCGUCGUCUAGCAUCAAGGUGGCGGUGCGCUGCCGCCCGCUUUUUGGGCAGGAGCGCCCGGCCGGCGGCCUUGACAUUCAGAACCGCCGCAUCCUGCUCGACUCCAAGACAUAUGACCCGGACUUCACCUUUUCUCCUACCUCGACGCAGGAGGACGUCUUCCAGGCAUGUCGGCCAAUACUGCAAUGCGUGAAGGAGGGUAUGAACGGCACGAUUAUGGUCUACGGCCAGACCGGCACCGGCAAGACGUACACCAUGCUUGGCAGCGAGGACGGCGAGCAAGGCCUGGUGCACAAGGUAGUAGCAAACAUGCUGGAGCAUGUGCAGCGGAAGAUCGCGGAUGGCGCACAGUGCGCGCUGACGCUGUCCAUGAUCGAGAUCUACAAUGAGCACCUCACGGACAUGCUCAGUCCGAAUGGGGAGGAAGAGGUGACGCUCAUCUCCGGCUUCCCGCGCUUCACCCACAAGGCGACGCUGUGCAGAGUCAACGACGCCAUUGAGACGAUCCAGCGUGGCCUGUCGUGGCGCCACACGGCGGCAACGCUGAUGAACGAGCGCAGCAGCCGCUCGCACGUCGUCUUUAUCUUCGACAUGGAGGAGUACAAUGCCUUCACGGAGCAGACCGAGGUGGCACAUCUGUUCAUGAUCGACCUGGCCGGGUCGGAGAGUUUGAAGAAGUCGCAGGCCUCCGGCGUCGCUGCUGGCGAGGCUGGCAAGAUCAACAAGUCGCUGCUGGCCUUGAAGAGCGUCUUCCUCGCGCUGUCCAACACGAAUGAGGCGACGCGGCCCAGCCACGUGCCGUACCGCGACUCGAAAUUGACAGAGCUGCUACAAGACUCUAUCGGCGGCACUGCCCGAACGCUCAUGAUCGCCUGCAUCUCAUCCGUUGGCCGCGACAUCGAGGAGACCAAGUCGACGCUGCUCUACGCCGUCAAGGCCCGCAGCAUCCGCAACGCCGCCAACACGGAGAAGGAGAAGCUGCUUGUCCGGCUGCGCUCGAUGGAGGUCGAGAACCAGAAACUGCGCAACCGCCUGCAGGAGCGGGUGAACGAGCGGGGCGGGUACUACGUAACAAAGGAAGAACAUGAGCAGACGCAGGAGAUGGCUGAGUCGUACGACCAGCUCAAGGAGGCGGUGGAGCAGCUCAUGCAGGACCGUCAGAGCAGCGACGCACGGCAGCACAUAUGGGAAUCUCAGGUGAAGGUGCUGAACGCGCUCUUGGUGGAUAAAGAGGCGGAGCUGCAGAACUUCAAGGAGGUGUACCAUGAAGCGCUGAAGCGAUUCGAGCAUCAGGCGGCCGCACUCCAACGCGUGAUACGCGGUGGGGUCGCGGAGGCCAAGGACGCAGUAAAAACCUCCUUCACGGACAACUACGCGCGUCUACAGGCGUGGCGCACCGAACUGCUCAACUCGCUGGAGGAGCCCGUGCCCACCACUCUCCCGCCGCUGCCUCUCUCGCCCGCUUGUUGUCCGCAGAACGACGCUGCUGCUGCGACGGCCGUGGCGAAUGAGGAGGAGGUGAUGCGUCAGAAGGCAGACGACAGCGCCUUCAGGUGCCCUCUGGACGCCGUUGCCGCAACGUCGCCAGAACGGCGCAGCUGCACACCGCCUCCCUCGCAGGCCCUCCUCAGUGGCGGCACUCAGUCGCUGUCGCAGACAGCAGGUAGUCGUGGCGUCGCAGGCCCCACCCCUAACGGAUCCCCCUCGCGGACAGCCGUCGCAGCGGCUGCGGUCUCCCAACACCCCAGUCGGGUCAUGGCUGCUGCCGCUCCCUACUCCGCACGCGGUAGCACCACGUCAUCUCUCCAGCGCGGCAGCGUCACCUCAGGCGCGCCGUCGGCCUCGGUGAGUCCGACACGCCGCGCCGGUCGUCCUCGGUGCGGCGGUGGUGGCACCGCGGCCAGCAGCGGCCCUCGCCGUUGCCCCGUGGGCAACAGUAAUAGCACUGGUGCUCUUCGAGGGAGCGGCGCUCCACCACUGUCGUCUCCGCCUCUGCCGCCGACACCGCUUCCUGCCACCGCUGUCACUGACGUGCCGACAAAGGACGAUAGCAAGGAAUACUGCGGCUCGACGCUGGUCACGAGCGUGAUGGACGCGUCAGCGCCCCUGUUAGUGUCGCGAACUACAAGCAGCUCCAUGGCGCCACCAGCGUGGUCUGCCGUGAUGGCGGAGUACGACGCGCAGUGUCUUCGCACUGUGCACCGGCUGAACGAGUCGGUGGAUGCACUGCUCAGCGAGUGUCUAAAGCUCUUCACCGACUACAAGGAGCACGCGGAGCGGGCGGAGCUCAAGCGGCGGCGCGGUGUUGAAGAAGUCUGCCAGCGACUGCGCACCGAAUUAGACUCGAAUCUGAAGCAGCUGCAGCGAGUCGAGGCAGUCGGCGAACGCGAUGUGCAGGAGGUGCGUGAACGGUUCAGCGAUCGUCUCCGGCUGAGGACCAAAAUGCCGUCCUUGGCGGACGCGGCGCCGUUCCAGUUGGCGGUACGUGACGCGUGUGCAGAGGUGAUACGACACGCCUCCCACGUCUUCCCCCACCCCAGCACCCCCGCCGAUGCCGAGGCAGCGCUUGACGUCAUCGUACGCAAUGUGCAGCGCUGCAGUGCCACCUUCACCCUUCAGUCCUUGGACCCGCUGUCGUCGAGCGCCGUCAGCGCCCAUGCUGCCUCGGUCGUGGCGUGUGGCACCACAACAUCGUCUUCGUCCGCGGCCAGCUCGCCCAUUGUAGGUCGCGCGGUGGGUGCGUGGGGCGGCGGCGGUGGUAGCAGCAGCCCACAGCUGGCGAGUCUCGUACCCAUGCCAUCACUGACGGCCCCUGUCCCGCGCGAAUCACCCGCGGCGGCACCCCUGUGCUCUCUGACAGGAUCGCCUAGCAAGGAAGAAGUGCGGGAGAGUGGCUCUGUUAGUGGUCACCCCCUGCAGGGGUCUCGAGCGACAAUGCACGUGUCAUCGUCUCAGCAGCAGCAGCAGCAGAGUGCGCGACCGUCAUCGCUACGCGGCAGCGCGACACUCACGACGAUGCCUGUAAACUUCAACCGCGGCGGUGACGGCCGUCGUGGUGGCGGUGGCAGCAACGUGCCGAGACCUCACAAGCGAGCACGCAGCGCUGCUGCCUCUUCGACGUCUUCUGGCGGAGGUGCGCCGCCCUCCUCUCGCCGCACGACGGCUACGCGUCGCUCCGGUCACUGA